AUGGCUCGUGAAACUAGAAAGAGUGUUCGUCAUGUAUCUCCCACUACAAAGAAAAAUAAUUUAAAGCGUGUAUUUCAUGAUACUGUUAUUGACACAGAAGAUACAAUUAGUGAUUCUACAAUAUUUUCGGAUUUAAAUAAAAUAUCAAUUAAUGAUACUGGAUAUCUCGCAGGGGAUUCAAACAAUUGUGAGAUGACUAUAAAUGAAUCUACACAAUCGGCUACCUCUAACAAGUCGACGAGAGCAUCUUCAAGACGUACAAAAGAAUCAGGAACAAGGCAGUCUGGUAGAAGAAAGACCACCAAAAAGGACAACACUAAUGUAUCUCUUGAAGGUACUCAUUCCUUAACUUUAAUAGAAACGACAAUUAAAGAAGAACCAGAGGAAGAAUAUUGUGGAGAUAAUAAUAAAACUGAAGAUCCUAGUUUUUCGUUUGAAGAUGGGAAUGGAGUCAAUAAAUUAGCUGUCGAUUGGGAACCACUAGCUGAAUCUACAAGGAUUGCUCCUAAACGGUGGAAUGGUUCGUCGUCUUCAAGGAGUUUUAUUGGUGACUUUACAUGCAGUAGUCUAUGUGUAGUAGAAGAGGACAGUGAUGAAACACUGGAAGCAGAGGAAUCGUCUAUAAGUUCAAGAGUUAGAUCAAAGAAUGUGACAGAAGAUGUUUCUUCAUUAAGCACUAUCAGUUAUGACUCAGGUCUUUCUGCCACUGUAAUUUUGAGUGAAGGAAACCAAGAUGUGUCAGAAGAUCAAACUAACUUAAGUGAUACUCUUGUUUCUACACAAAACUUUGUCGGCACCAAUGAGUUAUAUGAGACGAUAAAGAUUAUGUAUCUUAAUCUUAUGGCAAUGGAUAAAACAAAUGGGCGUCAUUUAGAUCCAAUGGACAUAGAGUACUUUGGUGUAAAUGUUAAAUUGGCAACCAGAGAUUUUUUAAAAAAAUAUUUUAAUGCUUAA